GACACUACCUGCCCAACCUGCGCUGCGACACCCGGUCCCACCCCUCGAGUCAAGGGCCGCGCUGCGCUGCCAACCCGGCCGGCCCCGCCGCCGCUGCCGCCACCCUGCGCGCCCCCUGGGCCCCCCUCGCUUUUCCCACCCGCUCCCCGACGGAGAGGAACCUUUGCCCGCUCCGUCUCCUCCCUCGGCGCCUCCGGGAGCUCGGCCCGCCCCGCCGUCUGCUCGAGGCUUGGCAGCGGGAAGGAGGAAACCCAGCGGUGGCCCCGCGAAGGCGGGCGGCAGCCGGGGCGACAUGGGCAGCGCCGAGGAGGAUUAUAACUUUGUCUUUAAGGUCGUCCUAAUUGGGGAGUCCGGGGUGGGCAAAACCAACCUGCUCUCCCGCUUCACCCGCAACGAGUUCAACCAUGACAGCCGCACCACCAUCGGCGUGGAGUUCUCCACCCGCACAAUCCUCGUGGGAGAUGCUGUGGUGAAGGCUCAGAUCUGGGACACUGCGGGGCUGGAGCGGUACCGCGCCAUCACGUCAGCGUAUUACCGGGGGGCCGUGGGUGCCCUGGUCGUGUUUGACAUCACCAAGCACCAGACGUAUGAUGUGGUGGACCGCUGGCUGAAGGAGCUCUAUGACCAUGCCGAGGCCAGCAUUGUCGUCAUGCUGGUGGGGAACAAGACCGACCUCGCACAGGCUCGGGAGGUGCCCAUGGAGGAGGCAAAAAUGUUUGCAGACAACAAAGGGCUGCUAUUUGUGGAGACGUCAGCGCUGGACUCCACCAACGUUGAGCAGGCUUUCGAGACCAUCCUGAAGGUUGUGCUCAUUGGGGACUCUGGGGUGGGGAAGAGCAACCUGCUGUCACGCUUCACCCGCAAUGAGUUCAACCUGGAAAGCAAGAGCACCAUCGGGGUGGAAUUUGCCACGAGGAGCAUCCAGGUGGACAACAAGACGGUGAAGGCUCAGAUCUGGGACACGGCCGGGCAGGAGCGGUACCGCGCCAUCACCUCAGCGUACUACCGGGGGGCGGUGGGAGCUCUGCUUGUCUACGACAUCGCCAAGUACCUGACGUAUGAGAAUGCCGAGCGCUGGCUGAAGGAGCUGCAGGACCACGCUGACGCCAACAUUGUCAUCAUGCUGGUGGGCAACAAGAGUGACCUGCGGCACCUGCGGGCUGUGCCCACUGACGAGGCCAGGAGCUUUGCAGAGAAGAAUGGGCUGUCCUUCCUCGAGACAUCUGCUCUGGACUCCACCAAUGUGGAGAUGGCUUUCCACAACAUCCUCUCAGAGAUCUACCGCAUCGUGUCCCAGAGGCAGAUCACUGGGCAGCCGGAGUCAGAGUUCGGCCCCAGCACCACCAUUGAGCCCAUCCGGGUGCUGCCCACGCAGCAGGAGGGCCGGCAGACCCCCUGCUGCCAGAACAUCUGAGCCCCUGGACUGCCCCCACCAUGACGGUCCGCCACCCAGCACAUGGUGGCAUCAUGUGUCUCACCCUCUGCCUCUGCCCCCCACAACCCCCUGAGCCGGACAGGCUGGCAGCUGCUUUUGUCUGCAACCUCACGCUGCCCAUGCACUGCUCUCCCUGUGUUUAUGUAGGACCUACAAAAAUAGGGGGGGAGGCAAAGCAUCAGGGUGUCUCCCCUCUCUCCCCGUGAUUGGGGACAUGCCAUUCCCUGUGUCCCUACUCCCUCUAGCCCUGCAGGCACAGUCACCGAGUGGCUGGGUGGCACUGAACAAGCCUGAACGUGA